CGGUGGCGUCCACUGUGGUAUGUCCGCUGUCGCACCAGUGGAGGUCGACUUGUUGGAAGGGAAGGGAAGGGCAUCCCACUCCCACAGUCCCACCUCGACUCUCCCUACCGUCGCCGCCGCCUGCCAGAUCCUACUCCUGCGGAUCCUCCACCCCACGUCCCCACUGCACUCCAUUUCCGCCGCUCCCCUCCCCUCCCUUCUCCGAUCCGUUUGUGCUUAUUUUGCAGGAGUGAUACUAUAAAAUAUGGCUGCCUUGCCAUUGGCCACCGCUGAAGUAUGCGAUGCUAAUCCUCAUCUGAUUAUGAACGGCGAGCUCCGUGCUCUCCAGCCCAUCUUCCAAAUCUACGGAAGGCGCCAGGUUUUUGCCGGCCCUAUUGUCACACUGAAGGUCUAUGAGGACAAUGUCCUGAUCCGCGAGUUCCUUGAGGAGAAAGGCCACGGGAGGGUCCUUGUGGUUGACGGUGGUGGGAGCAUGCGCUGUGCCAUUCUUGGUGGCAACCCCGUCCAGCAGGCACAGAACAAUGGGUGGGCUGGUAUUCUGGUCAAUGGCUGCAUCAGGGAUGUCGAUGAGAUCAAUGGCUGCGACAUUGGUGUACGAGCUCUGAACUCGCACCCUAUGAAGGCAAACAAGAAGGGGAUGGGGGAGAAGCAUGUCCCUGUCAACAUUGCUGGAACCAGGAUUUACGAUGGCGAGUGGCUCUACGCCGAUACGGAUGGCAUUCUUGUCUCGAGGACGGAACUGACUGUGUAGACCGGUCCUGGAGCCUAUUUGUAUGUGUGUAAUGUUGUUAGUGUUAUUAUGGAUCAUCUAUACAAAAAAUAAAUCCAUGCCAUUAUUUCUGUCAGUCAUCCUACAUUUUAUUUUAUAUAAAGGCGAUUUUAGUGUGCUGUAGUUGCUGAACUUUCAUAUCUGCGACAGUUCUUCAAAUUUUGAGGUUGCCGAGAA